UGUGUGUGGAAUGUGCCAUCACUAAAAACAGAAAACCAAACAAUUGAUAAUAUUUGAUGAGCUAACUUUUUGCCGUUUGUUGUAUGCAUUUUAUGUUGAAAAGGCCGCAACAUGAUCUGUCGCUUGUGUUUAAAAAACAUAAACGCAAACAAUGCCGUCUAUUUGUUCGAAACGGACGACACGCUGGCCGAAUCAUCGCUGCUGAAAAUGAUUGCCAAGUUUCUGCAGCUCGAAAUAAUGCCGGAUGACAACAUAUCAACGAAUAUAUGUCACGACUGUUGCGAGCAUCUGGAGGAUUUCAACAAUUUCUGGCAGCUCGUCGAACAAAAACAGGCAACACUCAAAAAGGAAUUCCUUAAUGUGGACGUGGAUUGUGUGGCCAUGAAAUGGACUGGCGGCAUCGAUGUGGAUGUUAGCAUCGAUGAGCUGCCGUUGGUCGCCGCCGAUGAGAUGGACGAGAAGCCAUUGGACAUCCACAAUCUCAGUCUAUUAGGUAGUGUGCUCGAUGUGAAUGUAGACAGCGUUGAGGUACCCCAAAUCUCGACGAGAAGUGCCAAGCAGCAGCAGACGCUGGAUUACGAUGAGAAGCCGUCGCUACUGCUGGCUGAUGACGGCAGCGCUUCCUCCUCCCCCUCUUCCUCUUCCUCAUCCGCUGCGUCUGAUGAAGAUGAUGAAGUACCGCUCGUGAAGCUGCAGCAUAAACUAAAGCCCAAGCGUAAAGUGCGCGUCACACGUCGCCGCAAGUCACGCAAUCUCACCUUAGCCCAGGAACUCGAUCAGCUGCUCGAACAGAGCAACAACAACAAUGAAGUCGGUGCGCCAAACAAAGUGAGACGCAGCAAGAAAGUGUUGCCGAGCAGCGCUGACACGCCGACGGAUACGCAAAAGCAUGAGCUGGAAGCGGUACUGGAGCGUCGUCCCAAGGGCUGUUCACGUGCCCAGCUAUCGAAGCGCUACGAGGAGGCGAUCGCCAGUUAUAUGAGCGCCGACUGUGAUCUGUGCGAUUUCAGUGCCAAGUAUCUGUCGCAGCUGAAGACGCAUUUUCUCGAGGUGCAUCAGCAGGAUGCGUAUCUCAAGUGCUGCAACAAGAUCUUCAAUCGACCGUCCAAGCUUAUGGAUCACAUUCGCAAGCAUAUUAAUCCCAAGCUCUUCACCUGCUCGAUUUGCAACAAGUCGCUGAACUCGCAGGAUUAUCUUGCCACACACAUCGAGACGGUGCACAACAAAGUGGCCCAAAUUGGCAAGGUUCUCAAGUUUCCGUGCGCCAAAUGCGAGCGUACAUUUAGCAGCGAACGUCGGCUAUCCAAUCAUCUGCUCAAGCACGACACUGAUCAGCUGGAGCACAGUUGCCAGAUCUGCGACAAGAGCUUUGCCAAUGUGCAUCGCUUGCGUCGACACAUUCAGUCCAUACACGAGGAUCUGCAUCCGCAUGUCUGCGACAUUUGUGGCAAAAAGUUUAAAUUCAAACCCUCCUUCGAACGCCAUCUGCUCGAGCAUCAAGGCGUCGUUGCCCCCGCCAUGGAGUGCCCAAUUUGCGGGGUCUGGCUGAAGAACGAGCACAGCCUGCGAUUGCAUCGCUUCACACACGACAGCACGGAUACCGUGUGUCCGCAUUGCGCCAAGACGUGCAGCAGUCGCACAGCGUUGCGAGCACACAUCAAGUACGCGCAUAAGCUGACCACGAAUCUGCAGUGCACGUAUUGCGAGAAGAGCUUCAAGCAGCAGCGCAAUCUGGAGGAGCAUAUGGCCAUACAUACGGGUCUCCAGCUCUACAAUUGUCCGCACUGCCCAAAGGAGUGUCGCUCGAGGAGCAACAUGUAUGUGCACAUCAAGCAGCGGCAUGCGGAUGAAUGGCUGAAAGCGAAGAUGGCGCGUUCGCAUAAUCCGCAGUACAAGCCACAUGAUUAACUAGAUA